AUUUUGUGGCCUCUUUUUCAGGAUGACAAAUUAAGACGGAGGAUGAGUCGUACAAUAUACCUCGGCGUUGUUUAUGCCAUAGGAAUCCUUCUUUUAGGUAGAUAUUUCAAAGGAUGGUCACAGAUUCAGAAAGCUCGGCAUGUUGAAUAUUUCAAAGAGGAUAAUCAGAAUCGUGUCGCUGAAGCAAAGUCAGUGUUAUCCAAUAUGAAAACGUUGAACGGAAAAGAAAACAUUAUAGGUAACGAAAAGAAACCAAGAAUGAAUAAGUUUUCAGAAAACAACGAGCACACGUGUGUGCUUGCUAUCAAUAUAAUAACUUUAUCACGAGAGAACAAUCUUACAGAGACCGAACCGCCUCAUUACCUUUUACAAACAGUUGCAGCUUUAAUCAAACUUAUCAAUAGAUUAGAUCAAAACUAUUUCCAGAUAUAUCUAAGUAUUUGCAAUGUGGACCUUAACCCAGAAACAUAUGUUGAUAUGAAUUAUAUUCCGGAAUGGAUUACAAUUUUUCAACGGGAUAAAGAAAAGCGAGAAAGUUUUAAAAACCGGUACGAGAAAGAGCGUGAAGAUUAUGUGUUUUGUAUGAAAAAUGUUUUGGAACAGAAUUCGUCAUUUUUAUUAAUCCUGGAAGAUGAUACAUUGCCUCAUCAAGACUUGUUUAGCGUAAUGAAAAAAGAACUGUUUGAAAAUGAUCAAUGCGAACUGAAGAAAGAUAAAUUCAAAGACCUGUUUUACGUUAAACUUCAUACAAAUUCAUGGGAUUUGAAUUUUGUUAGAUUAUGGCGCUGGACAAAAUUCUUAUUCUUUACAGGUUUUGAUCUAGGAAAAGUGUUUGAACUUAUGAUAAUAACAUUGUUCCUGGACGUGUUAAUUAUAGUAGCGUUAAAGAAAUAUUCAAAACUGCGACUAUCAUAUCAUAUGUUUUUUAUACUUUUCAUUUAUAUUGCAUGGGUUCUCAAUGUUAUAGGACGUCAAAAUAUAAGUAUUGUAUGGAGAUAUAUUUUAGGAAUAACUCAUGAAAUGUCUGAUGCUACUGGUGGAAGCUUAGUAGCUGCGUUCUAUCCACGUGCUAGUGCUGAGGCAACUGUUCAAUAUCUUAAUUCAGUUGAAUGUGACAAAAGUUAUCCAAAAGAUGUAGCUUUGAAUAGGUUGGCCAGAAAACAUUGGCAACAAUUACUUUUAAUUGAACCACCCUUAUUUACUCAUAUGGGAUACCAUUCGACAAAAGGACAUACAGCAUACUAAACUGCGGUUUUUGUUAUAUCUAUUUAUUAAACAGCCGCCUCUAUGCUAAAAAAGACAUAACAUUACAAAUUGAUGCUGUAUACUAAUUAAAUGCAUACAUCGACAAGAUAGAAUAUAAAUAAUUAUGUUAAAAAAUCAAAUUAUAUUUAAAAGCAAGGGAAAAAGAAUCUUUGUACAUUGUAUUUUUUCUGUGAUUUUGAAUUUAUUUGUUUCUAGCACAUUGCCUAUAGACAACGAAUAAACACCUAAGAAAUUAA